AUGGCCUUUUCUUUGCAAACACAAGUGUUGGUUGACGGACAAUGGGUUACCAGGACUAUUGACACCCAUACACUGCUUCAACGCCAGAAUCGAAUGGAUGAUACGGCUGUUGAAAAUACCAUGGAAACGAUACGUCCUCCAGUCCGUGGUGUAUUAACGCAAACCAUUGUUCCAAGCCCGCUAGUACAUUGGAUCCUCCCCAUCAGACUUCGAGGUCAGGAGUAUAAUGACGUAGCAUUUAUUGGCGAUACAUUCGUUGAGAUUAGACGACUUGGGAUUGGCCCCCAUCUCUUUGAAGUUAUCCGGAAAGACGACUUCGGGUCCAGAAUUCGCAAUGCAAGCGUCCUUGGAUCGCUCGAGGACUAUGAAAAGGACCAAGUUCGUAUCAAAGAGGAGUCCGAAGAUGUUGAUAUGAUCAACUCCUCAGCGGCGGGGGACAGUCCGCCAUCUCCCAGUGUAUUCCUACCGCCUCAAAUUCUGGUUUUACAACUUGAGGAGGACACGUCUGGUGAUUGCGUCUUCUUGAUGCUACAUCAGUCAAAUGACGGAUCCUGGAAAUUCAUCUCUAGUAGACGACGGUUAUCCAAGGCCAUGAAUAAGCUUCAACCUGGAACGCAUCUGUCUAUUGACCCCAGUUCAAGAUAUAUGGCCGUAGGUGGUUCUGAGCAAUGCUUUACAAUCCAGGCUUUCAAUACGAGAACGGAGCUGAAUCGCCAAUGUGCCAAUGGAGAAGAACUGCGAUUUAUAGAGUCUGAGAAAAUCGUCUUUUGUACAGGUGCUAUAUUGAAACUGGUUUUCCUCCACCCCCCAGCGGGAUCUGAUGAUGAUAUCAUCCUGCUCUUGAUAGCCACCACGAAUGGCAAACCAAGAAUGCGACUAUAUUCAUGGAGAGCUGGAGAUCCCUUGUCAACCGUUAGAACCCGAAAUCCUAGUAAGAAAGGUCAUACAUUGCACGAUAUUCCCCUACUAGUAAUACCAUUGCGCUUUCAAACAGCAUUCAUUCUAGUAAAUAAGCAUUCGAUGACGGUGUACAAAGGAAUUUUGGAAGGUGCACCUGAAUCCAUAUCAAUUGACCACACUCCGAAGCCCCCUCUCAAGCUUUAUCAAGGCUCGGAUACACCUUUAUGGACAGCCUGGGCCAAGCCAACUCGUUUGCCUUAUCACAUAGCGGAACAUGAUGAUAUAUAUCUCGCUCGAGAGGAUGGAUGGAUCUGCCUAUUGGCGAUCAGCCUUGAAAACGGUGAUCCUGAUUUCACUACGUUACUAACCGACGUUGGAGAGAUGCAAUGCAACAUUGGGCAAGCCUUUGCAUGUGCAGACUGUACGCUUUCUUCGGAUCCUGAACUUCAGGGUGAUGAUGUACUUGUCUCUGGUGGUGAAGCUAGCAUGGGAGGAACCUAUUUAAUCGCAGCACGAGAACAGCCCAAUGUUAAAAAGGACACACAAAAUUGGACGCCGGCUAUGGAUCUUGUGGCGAGCUUUGUUCCCAUACCAGAUUCGAUAUUUGUUUGCAGUGGAAAAGGAGAAUCGUCUUCCAUAACGGAGUUAAGAUAUGGGAUUGAAGCUAUUCUUGGUUUGGAUCUUGAGUUUCAUUCUACGGUUACAAAAGCAUGGAUUUUACCUUCGGAGGUAUACUCUGGCUUAGUUGGUGGUGAUGAUUGGAUACUGCUUUCACUCGAUGAUCGAUCAGCCGUCUUACAGGUUUCUCUAGACCGUACAAAUGCCGAGGAACUUGACCCAAGUCUCACCCAAUUAGAUUUGACUAGUCGGACUAUUGUUACCGACGUCAGUGGAAAUCGCGCGAUACAAGUAACAGAACAAUCCAUUAUUAUUCUUGACUCGGGUCGUUGCACCACGAUAGAUGGUUCGGAUAUGAUGGGAUUCCCUCAAGCCUCAUCUAUUUCAUCAUCAUUCAUCAAUGAUGCUGUUACCUCCAAUGGAAAGGUAUUAUUUACCACCUAUCACAAAGAGCAGCGUCUGCUUCGUGCACUUGAUGCCGUCUUCGAUAAUAGCGCAUGGCCGCCUACGAUCUUGUGUGCCCCUAAAACAAUAAGUAGCUGGACAAGAGAUGGCGGAGAAGUAACAUGUAUUGCAAAGUCUGUGGACCCGCAAUAUCAGCAGGAUCUUGUUAUUGCUGGGAAAAGAAAGGAUGCAGAAAUUUUCUUGUUAUUCAUUACGCGAGAAGAAUUUCAUUUGCGUGUACCUACCGUUUACGAAGGAUGUAGCUAUGACCUUCGAGCACUGGGCAGUAUCAUUGUUAUGCCCUCACAAACUCCCUUUAACUUCACAGUGUUGUGUGGAACACUCACUGGUCUAGUUAUUUCUUUGGAAAUUGUUCAAAGCGGACGGAAUUUCUAUAUUCACCGAUCGCGCUGUGAUAGAUUUGGAGGCAGUGUGGCAACAUUGACAAAUGGAGAUCAAGCUGGAGAUUCUAAGUGCUUGUUCGUAAAUUGUGACGAAAAUAUCUUCAAAAUAUCUCCAUAUUUUUCGAGCACUCGCGGAAGAGCUCCGAGAAAAAAGACAACGAGAAUGAAUAUGAAAGCAGAUCAAAUUUGGCUGGUAGAUGAACUGAAUACUACCCUACAACAGCCAAACAUCAACUCCAUAUUGCCCCUCACGUCUGAAUCAUCAGCUGAUACCGAUCUCCUCCUGAUAUCACACAAUCGACUUCUCUUUGCAAGAAUGGGGAUGAAACGGAAAACAGUUCCUCGCCGCAUCCCCAUUAGAGGAACUCCAUAUCGAAUCAUUCAUUCAGAUUCUCGCAAUGCUUUUGUUGUGGGUGCUUGUAUAGAUGGCAGAAGCACACUCUACUUUGUAGAUCCCAAGAGUGGCGAGAAUUUGUCUGAUCCAAGAGAUGGAAAGCGUGGCGCGCAAGUAAACUUUGUUGCUGGAUUGGGUCGCUUUGAUGACAAGAUUCUUUGCAUUUAUGAGUGGUUAUACUCUCAUGAUCCUUACACUUGGAACUUUCUCGUCGUUUGUACCAGUGGAGGCAGGGUCUUGGUUAUUUCCACUAACAGUGAUGAUUCCUCCGUUGCAUCAUCUGGUAGAAGCAAGAUAUGCUUUUGGACAGUGACUCAGUUUAAACACUUCACUUCUGUUUAUUCAGUUGUUGGAGACUCAGAAGGAUUGUACUACUGUGCCCGAAAAGACAAUGAAGUUAAAUUAUACUACAGUAUGCUGAACAAGGAAGAUAAGAAGUUUGAGCAAUUCCCGGCAGAAGCCAAGCUCCUAUCGCCAGCAAUCUCACUAUCUUACGAUUCUGGAAAGAUAUAUGCUCUCACCAGACAUCAUUCCCUCCAGAUCCUGGAGGUGAUCAAAACUAAUGGAUCAGUCCAUCUUCGUCAUACACAUACUGAUCAGUUUCAACAUGAAUCUCUGCACCAUUUAAUAGGUAGACCAAAUAUAUUCGGAGGACUCGAUAAAAGUCGCAUUAAUCUGGUGUCGGACAGGUCGAAGUCUGUCGUUGGUUUGUGUGCUAGUUCAGGCAUGAAAGUUGAUACACUAGACACCAUAUUCGAAGCACAACUACCAGCUUCUGUAAUCCGAUUUCGAUCUGCGAAUUGUCGCCCAGUCUGGGAUUCAAGCUGGAAGGUUCACAAAGCCGAGGAUGUUGUUGUGGACCCCACCGGUCUUCGCAGUCUUGGUGCUAUUCACAAUGACGAGAUGGACUCAGAGACUCUAGGGUUGGGGAUUGAUGGGUCCCUAUACCAUUUCACCAUACUAGAUAUUCGAGCAUGGCAAUUCCUCAAGUUUGUAGCCAAUCUUGCAAGGAGUUCGGGUCUAGUUGGUGGACGCCCGUGGGAGGGAUUAACCGAAUUAGAACCGAAACAGGAAUCUAAACAUAUGCAAGUUGAUGGCGAUAUUCUAAGGAGACUUAUAGAGAACGAAAAACUUGAGGACUUGUUCAGAAUCGGCCAGGAUCAAACGGACGAAAAUAAGAGGGAAUUCAAAACUUUUUGUAUGCUCCUCGAGAUGAUGCAUGAAGGAAAACUGGAGACUAGUGAUGACCCAUUUGUUUAUAUAGAGCAGGCUUAUGAUGACUUGGAGGCAUUUUUGAGGCCAGUCAUGUGA